AUGCCCCCCAUGAAGAAAAAGGUUGAAAAGGAAGGUGGUAAGAAGAAGGAGAUGAUUACAGUGGAAGUUAAGAAGGAAAUCAUUGAGAAGCACGAACGAGGUGUGCGAGUGGCUGACAUUGCAAGAUUUUAUAACAAGUCUACAUCGACAAUUUGCACAAUAUUAAAGAAGAGAGAAGAAAUAAGGGAGCUAGAUGCAGUAAAAGGAGUCAUGAGAGUAUCAAAGCAAAGGCCACAUGUUCUGGAAGAUGUAGAAAAGUUGCUUCUCGUGUGGAUAAACGAGAAGCAACUAGCAGGUGAUACUGUGACCGAGAACUUGAUCUGCAAGAAGGCAAAGGGCUUGUAUGCCAACCUCGUAAGUAAACUGCCAGGUACAUCAACAGAAAAUGAAGAAGGCUUCAAGGCCAGCAGGGGUUGGUUUGAUAACUUUAAGAGGAGAAGUGGCGUCCAUAAUAUUGUGAGGCACAGAGAGGCUGUGAGUUCAGACGCUAAGGCAGCUGAGGCAUUUGCUGCAGAGUUCCAGAAGCUCAUGGUUUCUGAGCGUUACCUGCCACAGCAAGUUUUUAACUGCGAUGAGACGGGGCUUUUUUGGAAAAAGAUGCCAAAGAGGACCUACAUUACAGCAGAGGAGAUUGCAAUGCCCGGUCACAAGCCCAUGAACGACCGUCUCACCCUCUUGUUGUGUGCUAAUGCAAGUGGGGAUUUCAAAGUCAAGCCCCUGCUUGUGUAUCAUUCUGAGAAUCCACGAGCCUUCAAGAAAUGCAAGGUGCAAAAGAGCCAGUUAAAUGUUAUGUGGAGGUCCAACAGCAAGGCUUGGGUCACUCGUAUCUUGUUCGUUGAUUGGAUCAACGAGGUCUUCGGUCCUGCAGUGAAGAGAUACCUUUUAGAAAAUAAUCUGCCACUCAAAGUCUUGCUGGUUAUGGAUAAUGCUCCUGCUCAUCCUCCAGGCCUUGAGGAUGACCUACUGGAAGAAUUUGACUUCAUUAAGGUCAAGUUCUUUCCUCCCAACGCCACUUCCCUACUCCAGCCCAUGGAUCAGCAGGUCAUUUCGAACUUUAAAAAGCUUUACACCAAAGCACUAUUUCAGCGAUGCUUCAAGGUGACUGAAGGAACAUACCUUACACUCCGAGAGUUUUGGAAAAAUCAUUUCCACAUCAUGAGCUGCCUCAAGAUCAUCGAUAAAGCCUGGGAUGGAGUCACCAAGAAAACCCUCAAUUCUGCUUGGAGAAAACUGUGGUCUGAUUGUGUUUUUGGACAUGACUCUGAGGGGUUUUCUCAUGAACAGGAGCCACCAGUUGUUGAUGAAAUUGUGUCCUUGGGGAAGACCAUAGGACUGAAGGUGAAUGAGGACGACAUUUAA